AAACUAGCAAAUGACUGAUCGCCAUUUGAGGUGCGCAGAGAGAGAGGUGCUGCUCAGACAAGCUCCACUGCAUGUCGGUCAGAGCUCUGCGUGACCUUGUGUCAAAUCAAACAGCUCCACUGCUGAAGCCGAGGACAUGCAAUGGAGGCCCUUUCACCAGAAUGGUCAGCAAGGAGACGAGUAUUCCCUACAAAGAAUGAAAGCCAGCGGUCUCCUCCAUCGCCACCAGGGGCUUUCCACACCGCGCCGUUCCGGGAGCGGCUUGGCUGUCCCCUCUCCUUGUGCUUCUCGGAACGGAGACUCCAGACGCGCAGCGCUGUGGCCGACAGGGCGCACGGGGCGUCUGUCCCUCAGAUCUUUAUCACAUCGUGGAUCGUAUACCUUUCCAUUCCGAGAGAAGCGGCAAGUUUAAUGCCCAUCACCGCAACGCUCUGCAACUUGUAACGGCAAAGGCACUUGUUUCCUACACAAGACAAGAAAGAAGUCAGAGAGAAGCCACAGCCCUCGACAGACACUAAUGCUGGAUGGCAUAGUAAAGACAACCUGAACGACCUGGGAGCCAUCAUUCGCACAGAGUGUCAGCAAGGUCACUGGGCUAAGGGACGAUUUGUCCUUUUCCUGCCUUUAAUCGCUGAUGGAGUUGACGUGAUGGCCAAAUAAUAUACUGCAGCACCUUUGAAGAAUGAGCUUUCCAAACCACUGGAUUGUUCGGGAGGGAAAAGCCAUUGAAGAUCAAGCAAAAUCACCAACAGUAAAAUUAGGUGGCCUUUUCUCAGUUCAACAAUUCUGCUUCAGGAGGCAAAACCACUCGAGGAACUGAAUUACAGAAGUGUUUUCUUUGCAAAAAAGUUCCAUAGAAUAACUUUUUCCAUAUAAUAACUACCUGAACCACACCAGUGAUAUGGCAAGAAGAGUAACUAGAAACACAUGAUAGAAACAGCAAUGUCAAGAGGUGACGGAAACAUUCCUCUUCAGAGGCUUGUACCUCAAUGCCACUGUAUCCCUGUUCCUCCUUAUUCCCCUUCUGAUCUCUGAGUCAGUUAAGUGAAAUCUCUUUUUUUUUUCCUUUAAAAAUUCAGCUUGAAAGACAUUUUCCAGAGUUUGUUUGUUUCACUACUAGGUCAUACUUCGAAAAAAUAUCAGACACUAUCAGAUGGAUCAGAAUGACUGAACAUGUUACAGUACAAAUGUAUGCUCUGCAGGUGGUAGGAAUCCAAUAUGCUCCAUGACCUGGCAUGUAUUCAGCAGAUAACUUCAAACUGAUUUAUGAUCCCAUGGAUUAACUUUUCAAGUUCUUUCACAAAGACCUUUACGUUUGACCUGAGGGACUUUUAUUUGGAGUAAAACAGAAAGAUUCUUCCUGUCUCCAUGUGUCUUUUAGAUUAUAUGUAAAAGGUUGGAUACCCUUAUUUUUUAUUUUCUUCAGUUUUUUUAUUUAUCAGAAUGGCUCCUGCUUGGACAGCAGGAGCUUGGACAUUGUUGGCAGCUUUGGGCCUUCUUAGCUGCUGUAGUUUUUACUGGUGUGAGGCCUCACGGACUAGUGGGUCGAUCUUAGGAGGGAAUAGACAGGAGCAAGGACCCUCAUCACGUGAACGAGUUAAGAGAGGAUGGGUGUGGAACCAAUUCUUUGUGGUGGAGGAAUACACAGGCACAGAGCCAUUGUACGUCGGAAAGAUCCAUACAGACUCAGACGAGGGUGAGGGCAACAUCAAGUACACUAUCUCUGGUGAAGGGGCGGGUUCCAUCUUCCUCAUUGAUGAACUAACUGGAGACAUCCACGCCACAGAGAAACUAGACCGUGAAGAGAAGGCUUUUUACACACUUAGGGCUCAGGCCCGGGACCGGCUCUCCAAUGAUCCUCUGGAACCAGAGUCUGAGUUUGUCAUCAAGGUCCAGGACAUCAAUGACAGUGAGCCCAAGUUCUUGGAGGGUCCAUAUAUUGGCAGCGUAGCGGAGCUGUCGCCCAUAGGAACAUCCAUUAUGAAGGUUACUGCAUCAGAUGCUGAUGACCCCACAUACGGCAGCAGUGCCCGAGUGGUGUACAGCGUACUGGAUGGAGAAAGGUUUUUCACUGUUGAUAGACACACAGGGAUUAUCAUGACAGCAGUAGCAGAUUUGGACCGAGAGACACAGGAUAGGUACGAGUUGGUCGUCAAGGCAACAGACAUGGCAGGACAAAUGGGCGGUCUUUCUGGCUCGACCACAGUGACCAUAGUGAUCACAGACGUUAAUGACAACCCACCACGCUUCCCACAGAAGAUGUAUCAGUUUUCUGUGUCAGAGGGGGCAGCGGUGGGGACACCAGUUGGACGCGUCAUUGCCACGGACGCAGACAUGGGAGAGAACACAGACAUGAGCUAUCUGAUUAAAGAAGGAGGGGAGCUCUUCAAGGUCACUACUGAUGUGGAGACACAAGAAGCUGUUGUUUCCAUCAAGAAGCCACUGGACUUCGAGAGCAAACGGACACACAAUGUGGUAGUGGAGGCAGUAAAUAAGCACGUUGACCCACGUUUCGUAGACCUGGGCUCCUUCCGAGACCAGACCAUUGUUCGUGUCAGCGUGUCGGACGUGGAUGAGCCACCCAUCUUUGAACCGGCAGAGGGUGCUAUCAUGGAAGUGCAGGAAGAUGCCAAAGUAGGAGCCCUGGUUGGCAUUGUCUCUGCUAGGGAUCCAGAUGUGAAGAAUAAACCUGUCAGGUUCUCCAUCGAUCGGACAACAGACCAGGAGAUGAUUUUCCAUAUUGAUCCUGAUUCGGGAGCCAUCACACUGGGCAAGAUUUUGGACCGAGAGACCGCUGGCUGGCACAAUAUCACCGUGAAAGCUGUAGAAGCAGAUAACCAUACCAUGGUGUCACACUCAGAAGUGAGUAUUCGAAUUCUGGAUGUAAAUGACAAUCCUCCUGAACUGGCCACACCAUACGAAGCCUCUAUAUGUGAAGAUGCCAAACCAGGCCAGCUGAUUCACACCAUCAGUGUGGUGGAUAGAGACGAGCCACAAUCUGGACAUCACUUCUACUUCACCCUGGCCCCUGAAGCCUCCAGUAAUCGACACUUCACCCUGUGGGAUGUCAAAGACAACACAGCCGGUAUCCGGACCCAGCGGACAGGCUUUAAUCGCCAUGAGCAGAAUGUGUACUUCCUGCCUAUCCUAGUGGUUGACAGCGGGCCUCCCUCCCUCAGCUCCACAGGCACCCUAACCAUUCACGUCUGUGGCUGUGACACAGAGGGAGCAAUCCAGUCCUGCAGUGCCACAGCCUAUGUAAUGAGUGCUGCUCUCAGCCCCGGGGCACUUAUAGCACUGCUCGUCUGCAUGCUCAUCCUCAUAGUCCUUGUCUUGCUGAUCCUGACCCUGAAACGCCACAGGAAGGGCCAGAGGGUGGCAGAGGAUGAAGAGGACAUGAGGGAUAACGUCAUCAAGUACAAUGAUGAAGGUGGAGGGGAGCAGGACACACAGGCAUACGACAUGAGCGCCCUGAGAAACCUCUAUGACUUCCCAGAGGCCAAGAGCUGUGACUCUGGCCCGGACAUCCGCUCACUGCCACAGUGGAUACAGGCAAACCGAGUAGAUGGGGGUGCGGAGGGUGCAGAGGGUGCUGCGACAGCAACAUCAGACUUCUCCCUAUUCAAAGGCUACAUCCAAAAGAAGGUAGAGCAAGCUGAUGCUGACCUGUCGGUGCCGCCGUAUGACUCCUUCCAGACAUAUGCCUUUGAGGGCACCAGUUCGCCGGCACUUUCACUCAGCUCCAUCCAUACACUGUCCACCACCUCGGAGCAGGAUUUCUCCUAUUUAUGCGAUUGGGGGCCACGUUUCAGGCAACUGGCGGGCUACUAUGCUCCAGGAAACCCUGAGGAGGACGGGUCCUAGCACAGCUUCUUCUCUGCAGAGAGACACUCCCUCUUCUUCAUUCUUCUUCUUCUCUGCCUCCUCUUCUCAGCUUCUCAGCACACUCCUGGGAUCAUCAGAGCCAGCCCUGUGUACUCCGACUGAGCACCACCUCUUUAUCUUUUUGAAACAAAAUUCCCAGUGUCAGGCUUUGAACUCAAGUUUUUUACACUCUUCUCUUUAGUUUUUAUGAUUUUUCAAAUUUCAAGAUGAAAACUCCGGCUUGAAAAACAGGAAAGAAAGAAAUGUAUCCAGUCACCAAAAUUACCAUCUAGAAAUAUGUAAAGGGACUUUUUUUCUCCCCCAAACGAGAAUCUUUAUUUUAAACUAUGAGACUGUUUUCGGAGUAUUCAGCAUUACAUGGGUAGGAUUAAACCAUGACAUGACAAACUGACAAACAUAUUUAUUAAGAUGGAAAUAUUUAUGUAUUUAUUUGUUUUUAUGUACUGUAUUUAUUUAUUUAUUUACACCAUGAUCACUAUGGCAACUGCAACUAUGAAUCCUGUUGACAUGCUAAAAAAAAAAGUGAGGGGAGGAGGACAUUAUUAAAGGAAUGAGAGACAACAAUGGAGAAGGAAACACAGACUGCAGUGGCAGAGGACUAUACACAGUACUGGCACAGAGGUGACAUCUGGGCCAUAUAAAAAUUACAUUCUGGAAAAUAUUUGUAUUUAUUUUCUAUGACCACUUUUGUAAAAUAAUCAGACACAUAGAAAGUAAAAAAAAAG